AUGUACUACACCAGGUUAUUGAGGGUCCUCCUCGUCACCCUUUCCGUGACGAGCGUCGCGCAGGCCACUUUCCGCAACGAUGGCCACAGGCCCAACGGCGCUCUCGUCAAGAGGCAAGGAACGAGUGCUAGCGCCAACGAAGAAACAACGCCGCCCCCUACCACGACGCCUCCGACCCCUACGCCAACCCCGACAACUCCUCCCGAUGAUGACGGUGACGAUGACCCGACCACCAGCACCCCUACCAAGACGGACACGACGACUUCGAAGCCGACGGACACCAAGACUACCACGUCCAAGGAUGACCCCAAACCCACCGACACGAAUACCUCGGAUGACCCCAUCACGGAAACGUUUACCGAAAUCAUCACCACGACUAACUCGAAUGGCGAACCUACUUCCUUCACCUCGGAGGGUACCGUGACCAAGACUCCUGGUCUUUCUCAAGGCGGCUCCGGUGGCGCCUCGGGCAUGACGAAGGAGACGAGGAACAUCGUCAUCGGCGUUGUUGUAGGCGUCGGCGGUGCCAUCGUCCUCGGUGCCCUCGGCUUCGUUGCCUGA